UGAGGAGGAGCUGUUGGCUGUUCGCUGGUGCCGCGGAGGGGGAGGGGCCGCGGCCGCUGCUCUGUGGAGCUUGAGCUCUCGGUCCCGCCUGCCGCCUAGGAAACACCGUGGCGCCCAGCAGGGCCUAGUGCCGGGGGCCCGGGCAACGGGCCGGACAGGUUUCCCCAUGUCCGUGACGUGUUGGCCGAGGCUCUGCGGCUGCUCCCCGCCCUUGGAGCCGCCAGUCGCUACCCUUUGGACUCCGUGAUCCCUGACAAACGUCAUGAGCAUUGCAAUCCCUCUGGGAGUCACCACACCAGAUACAUCUUAUUCAGAUAUGGCUGCUGGAUCUGACCCAGAGUCUGUGGAAGCUAGCCCAGCUGUUGGUGAGAAAAAUGUGUAUGCAAGUCAUGGCUACGGGGCCUCCCAGAGGCACAGCUACCGAGGGCUGCCUUAUGCAGAUCAUAAUUACGGAGCCCCUCCUCCUCCGACCCCUCCUGCUUCUCCCCCUGUCCAGACCAUCAUCCCUCGUGCAGAACUGAAUGGCCUACACUCUCACGAUGAGGAGAAUUCUGGGGACACAGAGAGUUCUUCAGAAGCAGAGUCUAUUCCUAGCUGGUGUCACUGUAGUCUCUCCCAAGAUGGUUUCCUCAUCAAAUGUGAGAAGUGCAGGGGGCUUAGCCGAGGGAAAGUGAUCAGACUUCGUCGGAGGAAGCAAGACAACGUGUCAGGCGGGGACAGCAGUGCAACUGAGAGCUGGGACGAGGAGCUCUCUCCCUCCACAGUGUUGUACACUGCUACACAACACACCCCUACGAGCAUCACUCUGACCGUCAAUCGGGUCUGCAGAACCAAACCCAAAAAGAGGAAAAGAAAUACAGAGAGAACUCGUACGGCACCAAAAGCCAAAAAAAUCAAGGCUUUUAGAGAAGGUUCACGGAAGUCUUUGCGGAUGAAGAACUCUCCUUCAGAAGCCCAUGCCCUGGAUGAGAAUACGGCAGAGGGGUGGGAAAACCGCAUAAGGCUCUGGACCGAUCAGUAUGAAGAAGCCUUCACUAACCAAUACAGCGCGGAUGUACAGAACCUCCUGGAGCACCAUCUAAAUGCCAAUAAAGAGUUUGUGGGCAAGGCGGCUGUGCUGGACACAAUCAAUAAGACAGAGCUGUUCUGUAACAACACUGUCAUUGGCUCUCAGAUGCAGCUGCAGCUAGGGAGAGUGACGCGGGUUCAGAAGCACCGGAAGAUCCUGAGGGCGGCCAGAGAUCUGGCUGUGGACACUCUUAUAAUUGAGUAUCGUGGGAAAGUGAUGCUGCGGCAACAGUUCGAGGUCAAUGGGCACUUCUUCAAAAAGCCGUAUCCCUUUGUGCUGUUCUACUCCAAGUUUAACAGUGUUGAGAUGUGUGUGGAUGCUCGGACUUUUGGUAAUGACGCUAGAUUCAUCAGGCGCUCCUGUACACCAAAUGCAGAGGUUCGCCAUGUGAUAGCAGGUGGGAUGAUUCACCUGUGCAUAUAUGCUGUUACGUCCAUUGCCAAGGAUGCAGAGGUCACCAUUGCCUUUGACUAUGAGUACAAUAACUGCAACUAUAAAGUGGAUUGUGCCUGUCACAAGGGAAACCGGAGUUGCCCUGUGCAGAAACGGAGCCCAAACACUGUAGAACAGCUGCCUCCACCUGCUCUAGACACUCUGAUUGGAGCAGAGACCAGGCGUCGGAAAGCUCGUCGGAAGGAGCUGGAGCAGCGGGAAGCUGCAUCGGAUGAGAACAGCAAUCCGCAGCCAGAGGAAGUCCCUGAGGGACUUGCUGCAGCCAGUGAUAAUGAGGUUGCAGACAAAGAAGAGAAGCAAGAAGAGGAGAAAGAAGCCACUGCGGAUGAGCAGGGAGGUCUCACUCAGAACAGACGGACCCGAGAAGAUCGGAAGGUAGAAGCCAUCAUGCACGUGUUUGAGAACCUGGAAAAAAGAAAGAGGAGGCGAGAUCUCCCAUCGGACCGGAGCAGCACAGACGCAGAAGUGGUGGUCACGGCAGAGACUCCAGAACCGGAGGAAGUAAAAGCUGAGCCAAAUGAAACUGAGGAUAGCAGUGUGGCUUCAAGUGUUUCUGUGCCAAGUGCCCCUUCCAGUGCCAGCAGCGUUGGAGUGAACACACGGAGGUCUUCACAGGCCGGGGAAACGGCAGCCGAGAAACCAGUCUCUAAAACAGCACCGUCAAAACCAGCACGGCCGCGACCCAAAAGCCGGUUUUCCCGUUAUCGGAGUAGUUCCGCACAACGGCUGAGAAGGCAAAAGCAAGCCAGCUCCCAGCAGGCUGAGCUCUCUCAAGCAGCUCCAGAGGAGGGAAACGCCGUGAGCACAGUAAUGGCGGCGGAAGUCAGCAGCGUGGAGGGUCCUGGAGAAGGGAAGCAGUUGAUUGGUUCUGAUCCAGCUGUGGCUGCAGUUGCAGGAACACAGGCCAGCCGGGCUGCACUCAAGUAUCCCAAAACGAAAAAGUAUCUAGUUACAGAAUGGCUGAAUGACAAGGCAGAGAAACAGGAGUGCCCCAUUGAGUGCCCUUUACGUAUCACCACUGACCCAACCGUGCUGGCCACCACCCUCAAUAUGUUGCCAGGCCUUGUCCACUCCCCCCUCAUUUGCACCACGCCCAAACACUACAUCCGUUUUGGUUCUCCCUUCACCCCAGAAAGGCGAAGGCGGCCGGUUCAGCUGGAUGGGAACUACAGCUCAUGCAAAAAGCGUUGGAUCAAGCAGGCUCUGGAAGAAGGGAUGACUCAGACCUCAGCUGCUUCCCAAGAGAACAGAACUCAGUGUCUAUACCAAAGCAACGAGAGCGGUAGCACUUCUGGCAUCUGCAAGGAAAGCGCAGAUUUCCUGAGCCCCCUGAAGAAGUGGAAGUCUCGCUAUCUAAUGGAGCAGAGCGUUACCAAGUUAUUGAGACCGCUUUCUCCAGUCACUCCCCCACUUCCUGACCCCUCGGUUCCAGAUGCGCUGAGCCCACACCUCACCACGUCCUCCUCAUCUAUGCCAGGAGAGGAGGAAUGUCGAAGUAGCUGCGGUGUGAUCUUCUCACCAAUUCCCUCCUUGGCUGCUAGUCGAUGUAAUACUCCACUACAGUUUGAGAACGUAUCCUCCCCUGAGAGUUCCCCUGCGCAUAGGCCCGAGUCCCUGUCGCCCGAGCUCUGCCUCAGGACGGACCUUGACCUACAGAAGGCAGGAUUCCUGGAUGCCAGCGCUAACAGCUGUCCAGAGAAACCCUCCUUGCUCACUCCGGGGCAUUCUGACCUGGCAUCCCAGCCCUUGGAGACCAGCUUCCCAGGAAAGAGUGGAGAAGCCCAGGCGCUGCUACGAAGUUCCGACCAGGCUUUUCGGACAGAGUUUAACUUGAUGUAUGCCUUCUCCCCUCUGAACGCUAUGCCUCGGGCAGACGGAUUGUUACGAGAGUCUCCGCAGAUGGCCGAUGGGAAGCUUCUGAAUCCAGACAGGGGCUGCUGCAGCUCCCCUGCGGAGGGAUACUUUGGCAGGCACGAGCAGGCGCUUCUGAAAGAAGCCGCGCACGGACCCUUGCCCCCCUGCGGCGAGAAAACCUGCGAAGGCGUGAAAUCCACACCCCAGAACCCUCCGCAGAGGAAAAAGGUAUCCCUUCUGGAGUACCGCAAACGAAAGCAAGAAGCCAAGGAGGGAGGGGAUUCCUCUCGAUGCACAGGGACACCCACCCGGCUGAGUGUCAGCUGCUCGGGGGCGGAUGUGGAUGCUGCUGGCCUCCUGCAGGGCUCGGGGGCCCACACCCUGUCUUCUCCACAGCACGGCUUCUCCCCCUCUCAUUCUUCUUCCUCUCACCUGGAGGAAGUCAGCCCACCAGAACCACGGGGGACCACGCACAGCAAAUCCCAGGACAGCAUCAGCAGUAGAUGGAUGGUUCCCACCUCGGUGGAGCGGCUGCGAGAAGGCCGUGGGAUUCUGGAGAAGGUUUUACGCAGCAGCGCCAAGUUGUGUCAGAGAGGAGAGCCCUCGCCCACCCGGGAGAGCCUAGGGGAGAGAGAAGCAGAUGCUGCGGAAGGAGAUUCGACAGACCCCCUCAACCCUUCCCUCAAGGGACCAGCCGUUUAUAGUCCUUCACGUUACAGCUACCAGCUCUUGCAGUCGGACAGCCCGCGGGCGGAGUCGCAGACCGUCCUCCAGAGCGCCUCCCCGUACCGGGGACAUCCCAUGCCAUCCCCUGGCUACAGCUACAGGUCCCAGUCCCAGAGAGCAGGGCACCUUCCGCCCCUUGGCUCCUCGGAACCCUCCCUUUCCUCUGUCCCCCCGGUCGCCACAGACUCCUCGGCUCUGUUUGCAGGGAACUCUGGGUAUUAUGGCAGCCAGCAGCCGUCUGGCAGUGGCGUCUUGAAGAAGAGCUGCCCCGUAGCCACUGCUCCCAGCCCUGCCCAAACGGCGGCAGCCGUAGACUGUUUGCCCCCCUCUGAAACAGGGUCUCAUCCCUGCGUGGGAACCGCCGGCUGCCCUCCUUCCUCCUCCUCCUCCUCCUCCUCCACCACCACCACCACUUCCUCGUUGUCGUCUUCUUCCUCGUCGUCCUCCAGGCCCUCGCAGUCAGACUUGCGGACUAUCAACCCUCCCGCCUCUGGGCAGCCUGCUCUGUACCAGAGCUCCAGAGCCGCAGCACUUUCCAGCUCGCAGCAGCAGCACUACUCUCACCGAGGGGGAGGAGGCGGCAUCAAUCAAUACAGACUGCAGCAGCUUGCAGGGUCAGGCGUAAAGACUCAGACCGGCCUUUCUUAGGGCAGGACAGACUAGAGCCCACCGUUCCUUCUGGCAGUGGCUGACGGGGGAGCCAUGCCGGGACAGCAAAGGACCCAGAGGCUGGGGCUCUGGGGUGUCCUGGGCAAGAGAGAGCACUGCUGGCCACCCCCUGGCUUUGGAAGGAGGAGAAGGCAGUGGCGGCGGCAGAAUUGGCAGAAAAGCAUCUCCCUGGUGUCCGGGUACGUUGUAGAAAGCAAACGGUGCUGAGUGGCAUGGCCUCUGUCUCCUACCGGUGCCCUUAGCUGUAGUCACCUGGGCAGGUAGGGAAAGCUUGAAUAUGAAACCAGUGCAAAUCAGAAAAAAUAAAUAAAUAGGGGAGAUGGGGAUAUGUGGGGGGAGGGGGGCGUUAAUCUAAAUCCCAAAGUGCUCUCUGCAAGGUUGGGUUCCCAGAGUAUUCUGGUCGGGGAGGGUUGGGGGCUUAGUCCAUUCUGAUCAUUCCAGUUGCAAAGAAAGAGCAUUUGUGGGAGAGAAGCAAGAGCCGUGGGGUGGGGCUGGUAGCAGUGUGAGUGCGUGCGUGUGUGUGUGCGUGUGUGUGUGUGUGUGUGUGAGAGAGAGAGAGAGAGAGAGAGAUAGGGCAGGGUGUGCAUGCAGGCAUUGCUGCAAAAAGUGACUCUAGUAAGUCCAUACUAUGCCUCUGAAGUUGGCAUCUCGCUGCCAGUGAGGGGGUGGCCUAGGGGUGUGGUCAGUUCGUUCCAAGAGGCCAGUGCUGCGGCAGUGGGAAUAUGGACGGUGGCUUGCUUUAGGCCUUAAUUCUAGGUGGGGGUGAUGAGCGAGGUGCCCAGUCUGGUGGCAUUGCUGCUGCGGUGGUCAGGAGUAUCGUGGAGUGCAUGAGAAACGCGCCUGCUACCUCCCCCUGAGGCCCAAGAGCAACAACACCAGGCCCGCCAAAUGCUCUGUCAAAUUCCAUACAGUUGCCAGCUUUUCUCACUUGUUUACCUGUCAAGCGUGCAUUUUUAUUUAUCUAAUUUUAUAUUCAGUUAUAACCAUAGUAGGUUAGCAAAAAUAUCAGGCAGGUCUAACCCUGGUCCUGCCAAGGACCUUCUCGUUUCCUCUCGGACAAGAUAUUGCUGUGAGCAUGUCUUCCUUCAUUUCUCAGAUGCACAGUCUCCCCCCCCCCUCCCAUUUCUUUCUUUUUUUUAAAAAAAAAUAAUAAUAAUUAGGACUGUUACAAGUUUCUCUAAUCCACAACUGAAAUCAGGUGUUCAUUCGACUUAGAGGAAACUUUUAAAAUUGAUCAGAGCAGAGCAGAAGAAAUAAACGAACCCUUUCCUUCAAAAGUGUCUGGCUGUUAGCGUGUUGGGGAUAGAACUUGUCACCCACAAGACAAGUCCUAUAUACUGUAUAAAACAAGGGUGUCAGCUUCACUGGGCUUUGCAGCCUCCCUUUCCGACAUGCUGAGCAUGCCUCGUGGGGGUGAGCAUUGCAAGCGAUGAUUCUGGAGAUCAGGCAAAAGGCGAUGCGCCUGUUCUGUGUGCAGUCGCUGGGAAGGAGCCACCAGGAAGUUUGGGGGGCAGGCGGGCGAGCUGUAGCGCUGCCCUCAAGUGGAGUUGUACACUGUGCUGUAACAUUUGAACUUUCACAAGAGAUGUAAUAAUUUUGAUAAUAAAAUACUUAACUUGAAAA